GAUUAUGUCCACCAAAUUUUUGUCCCCAGGGGAACAUCCCCAGUGGGAGAAUCCAGAAUCCGUCCCUCAUCAAUUGAUUUGCGCGGAUCUCCAAGCAAGACGAACGGCCGAUUUGCUGGUCUCAGACUGGGAGUUGGGACGUAUCCCCAAUAAAAUUUCGCCCGAUGAGAGGGAGAAUCCGCUUCGACCUCGCGCCCACGCACGGCUCCGCUCCGCUUCGACACCGCGGUGGGAGGGGAGAAGCUCCAGCAAUGGCGUCGACCCCUCCCCUCCCGUGGUUCGCCGCUCCCGAUCCCCACGGCGAAGCCUCGCCGGAGGGGCUCGUCGCCGCAGCCGUCGCCCCACGACUCGGCCGCCUCCUCCGCCGCCGCUGCGGCGAUCACCUCCGCCUCCUCCUCGUCUGCUCCGCCUCCCCGGACGCAUAUCAUUUGGGCGCCUUGCACAGAAUCAGAGAUAUCUGGUUUAGACGACCAAAAUUGUUAAAGCGAUAUUCUCUUCUUGAAACGCUGGAGCAUGCUUUCUCAGCACCACAUCCAUAUUGCUUUUCUUUCUUUGGGGGUAACGAAUCUGAAUUUCUGGAUAAGGGCAAGUUGCAAUCUAAUACUUCUCGAGGGAAUCGCUUGAAAGGGAGGCUAUGGACAAAUGCUCUUCUUGUUGUUAACAUUUUGGCUUAUGUUGCUCAGGUUGCUACGCAUGGAAGGCUGCUCUUAUGGGGAGCUAAGGUUAAUAGCCUGAUUGAUAAAGGACAAAUAUGGAGAUUGAUUACAUCAUCGGUUCUGCAUGCAAAUGUUGCUCACCUCAUGAUCAACUGUUAUUCUUUAAACUCCAUUGGCCCAGUUGUAGAGCAGCUCAGUGGUCCUAGACGAUUCCUCGCAGUUUAUUUCACUUCUGCACUAGCAAGUUCAGUAAUGAGUUACCAGUUGAGCAAGUUACCUGCUGUUGGUGCAUCAGGAGCUAUUUUUGGGUUGGUUGGUUCAUAUGCUGUUUUCCUGUUGAGGCAUAGAAAGCUACUUGGGGAUGGAAAGCAGGAGUUGCAGCAUAUUGCACAUGUUAUUACCUUGAACAUGGUUCUCGGGCUUCUCUCUAGGGGCAUUGAUAACUGGGGGCAUAUGGGAGGAUUGCUCGGUGGGGCAGCUCUGUCGUGGUUAAUUGGCCCAGCUUGGCAUUUUCAAUACCGAUCAGAUGAUGGUAGAUUGGUUUUCGCAGAUGCAGCUCCUAUCUUCAAAUUCUUUGGAAGGAAGAAGUUGCGGUAAUUCCACUCACUUGCAAAUAGAUGACAGUGAAGUUUUUCGUCAGCAACUGAGAAAGGGAUGGAAUUAGCUAAAAGGAAGAUGGAUUCCUACAAAAGCAGAAUUGAUUAUUUAACCAAAAAAAAAAGGUUGAAAUAUGUUUUUGAAAGACUUAGAAAACAGAUUUGCUGCAGCCGUCGCCUGUGAUCUGCUCACAUUCUGACGUAUCCAGACAGAACAAUGAACAAUUACCUUCAUAGGUCAAAAUCUUUGCUUUGCGGGCUCAUCUUUUCGCUUAAUUCCGUAGUGUCAUGAUGUGGCGCUUUGAAUAUAAGUUCAGGGAUUUAUUUUGUUACUCUUGUAUCCUAAUCUUGUAUAUAAUAAUGUGAUAUUCCAAAACCAUGGAAUACUCUGGUUGGCUUUUUCUGUUUGUGCGUGUUCUCAUUGUUAUUGUAAUAUAUACCUGAUAUUUGACCUUUUUUUUCCAUGUAAUACAUAAUAAUUUUUUUAACA